UAGAGAGAGAGAUGGCGACUAUUGUGGCAGGUGGGGUGGACAGAAAUGCGACGUUGUCGCCGGAGGCGGCGCUUGCUCCGGUGACUGAGGAUCGACCGGUUCGGACCGACUUGGAAACCUCUAUUCCAAAGCCAUAUAUGGCUAGGGGGUUGGUUGCACCCGAUAUGGACCACCCGAACGGAACACCGGGGCAUAACCACAACAAUCUGAGUGUGCUGCAGCAGCAUUGUGCUUUCUUCGAUCAAGACGAUAAUGGGAUUGUUUUUCCAGGGGAGACUUAUGCUGGGCUUCGGCAAAUGGGGUUCAACAUCAUUGCUUCUCUUGUAUUAGCCAUCUUCAUUAAUGUAUUGCACGAAGGGGCAGCUUUUUGGUGA